AUGUUUGACAUCUUGCCGAAUGUCGAUUCUGACUGGAAUUUUGACUUAGACCAGAGCGCUUCGCAUCCCUCGUUCCAGCGCCUUCCCCCCUGGGUUGCUCCUCCCAUUGAUACUGUGAACGAUGAAUUUGCAAGUGCGAUUGAUGGGAACAAUCCCUGGGGCCAUGAGAGUCUAGAAUCAAACUCACUUCGAGAGCCGAUAACCUUACAUGCUCAGGCCUACCACGGAAAUCACCUUGGCUUUCAAAUUUCCCCAGUGGCGGAGAUGUAUCAGUCGCCUCGUGGUCCAAGUGUGACUUAUCAAGCCAGCCAACAUCCGCUUGCAGUUUCCGACAGUCUCCGUUCGCGAAAGGACGCGUCCAAGACGAAAUUCGUCUCUGAAAUAUUGACGUCUGAUACGGCGCCAUUCAAACUCAAAUAUCAUAGCCAACCUGGAAGAUAUUUGGAACGUAUGUUUGGCGAAGCAAAUGCAAAGCAACUCUUGUUCAAGCAUCCAACAGACCCAGGAAUCAUCUCAGGAACGCCAGCAACCUCUCCCGGUCGUAUUCUUGUCCAAUCGCUACCCAUUCCCUAUAAGGGUACAGACCGAGAGGCUCAAGAACGCUCUAGAAAUCCGCUUCCAUCCCCAUCCUUCUUCAGAUGUGACGAUGGGCUCGUCGGGGUGCCUCUUUCGCGUGCUGUACAGGGGUUUGGGUUGGCUUUAGAUUCAAACCAUGACUCGCCACUGGGAAAUCGACAGACCGUGCGAUUGAAAAUCCUCCCUUCUGGAUGUUCAAGGGCGUACGAUAAGCAAAUUAGCACUGCGCUUGCUAAGGGGAAAGGGUUAAUAAAUCUGCAGUGGUUGAUGAAAACAAUCGCGAAACAUACUCGUGCGUUUCUGGCGACUUGUGAUACUCCGGCAGACGAAUUUAUCCUUAUUGGAUAUACAUUCGUAUCUAAAGGGGCUAUCAUGCCCAUACUCCUGCUUCGCAGUCAUGUCCUCACCACUUACUCAAAAAUAUAG